AUGGCGACGGAUGAGGACAAAAUGUUCCUACAGCGGUGUAUGGGCAUAAUUGAAGGCCUUUCGGAUGAGGUCAUGGAACAUCCAUGGCUGGACAUUCUGCCAUCGCGAUCCGCUUCAGACUGGUCUCGAGACAUCCUAAAGUAUACCGCAAAGCCCCUCAAGAAGCUUCUCAGCAAAGUGGAAGCGCCGACUGUGAAGGAAAUCGAAGCACUCCCGUGGGUUCAGACAGUGGACUUCGGGACGUACGGCUGUUUCCUAGUGCCUCCCAAUCAGGAGCACCAUCAUCAUCUUUACUGUGGCUCAGCUACAUCGCCAUUUGGUGGCUUGAUGCUUCGCAAAAAGGCUCGGGACAACCCGAACAUUGCUAAGACGGAGUGA